AUCCCGUAAUAAAUAUUUGGAAUAAUCGAAUAACUCCAGAACGAUUCCAGAUACACGUAAAAUUUUAAUAUGUUUGAAUAAUCGUUAAUUUACAACAGAGGUUCUGAACGGUAACAGUAACAUUCUCUGAGAGCAUUUAAGUACUUAAAAAGGUAUUAAAAGAAUGGCCAAGGCCAGAAGAGACUGGACAUCCUAUAGAAAUUUGCAGUGGUAAUUAGAUACUAAUAUCCUUGACAUACGUUCUCAAGGACAUUCUAUUUAGUAUUCUCAAGAUCUUUUAGCUAUUGUUAUAUCUUAAAAUGUUUCUAAUACUUAAAAAUAGGUCAUCGUUGAAGUGAAUAUCUUAGACUUCUGUAUCUUAAGAACAAAAAAAGUGUUUUUCUUUUAUUCCAUACCGAAUAUAGUAAGACCUUGAUUCGAAUCGAAUCGCUACUUUCCGCGAUUUAUAUUGCCCAGUCUUAGUUAAAUUGGAAAUCAAUAAGUCAGAUUCUUGGAUCAUACCUCAGUACAUAUGAUAUAAUUUUACAAAUAAGUUUUGGAAAAUUUUUUUCAUCUCUAGUUGGUCUGUUAAGUACCGAAUUAAAUCGGAUAAUCUAGGUUCUACUGUACUUUUGUUUUUCGUAAAUAUCUAUAACAUAAGAAGACAGAGAUUUUUUUAUUCCCACCCUUUUUGUUUUAUAUCGAAGAUACAUUAGGUUAGGUUGGGUUAAAUUAUCUUGUGGUAGGAUUACAGAGCCUCUGGCUCUUUCCCAGCGCUGUUAAAGUUUAACCAAAUUUUUCAUUCAAUAAUAAAUUAAUAAAAAAAUUAAAAUCAAAAUAAAUUAAUAAAUCAGAUUACGAAACAUACACCGGAUAUAUGAAACGUAUAUGUUGACUCUAAUGUCAAAUGGCUAAUAAUGAAAAAAUCUCGGAUUAUACCAGGCAGAAAAUCGAAAAAGAUAUUGAACGACCAAACGCGAAUCGCUUGACUUCCGAGCAAAAAAUGAUGCCCACGAUAAAGGAUAAAAUAGAUGAAACUCGUCUACCAACUCCACUGUCGGAUCCAUGGAUGAAUCAAUGGCAUUUACGGAACACCCAAAGCCAACCAGAAAUGAUGGACACCCGAAACAUCGAGGAAGACGAAGACAUACUGGUAUGUUUCGCGGAUCUUGAAACACCGCUGUCUGAUAGUCAAACUUCAGAAUGCCCUUCGAGGAAUUCCACCACGUCCACUAUAACGGUUCCGAAUCUUUGCUUGGAGGAAGCUUUUGAGCAGUUGAACCGCCUCUAUUCAUUCACGGAACAGAUCCUGGAACUCAGGCAACGUACUUCGAAAUUCUUUAAACGCGUUCGAAACUUGGAGAAGUUGAAGGUACUUCGAAACGCAAAUCGCGCAUUAGAAGACGCUUCGACGAGUAACUACGACUUUAUCAACGAUUUUUGUGAGGAGGACACAGGGUUCGCCGAUUCCUUGUUGGACGCGAUGAUAUCAAACUGUCGAGAGCCUCCGUUUCAAAGAUGGAACAUAAGACCGCCAUCGUCUAGGCGGGCAAGGAGCAAAUUCGAUUUCCAGAAGCAAACGUCAGGAGACAGUGUUCCUAAGAAUGCGCCGAACGUUUCAAAAUGGACUCGGGUGAAAGCUGCUUUUAAGUGGGAAAGGGCUUACGCGAAUGAUAUCGCGGAGACAACUGCAACUAUGUCGGCUCCACCUACCCCCGUGACACCAACGACCAAGCAUCUCAGCGUUCCAAGCACUGAAACUGGCGAUUCGAACAGUAGUAGUCCUUCGUCUUAUAUCGAAGAACUCUCUGAUACAACGUCUCCUUUCUGCCGAACUUGGACUUCGUCUUUACCAAAUGAAGUUUUCCACGAACGUUCUCCCAAGAAUAUGUCAGACCAUUUAGAACAUUCGUAUCUGAAAAUGAAAGAGGAUCAGAAGAAAAAAUGCAUGAAUAGACGUAGCCAAUCUCUCGAUCGCAGUAUCGCCGUACUGCAUACUGAACAAAGUAACCAAGACGACCGAGAGAAACAAGCGAUUCGAGGCACAGAGGAAAAAAGUGGAACGAUGUAUUCUUCGAAUGGAGUCGAUGAGAAGGUUGCAAGAUUAAUAUCGAAAACACCAACUCCAACACUGACGGUCACUAUACCUACACUCGAUGAUGAUAUCAGGUGUGUGUCCUCUGCAGAAUCCAAUUCAUCACUUUCCUCUUGUACACAUACUUCUGCUGGGAAUUUUCCUCUAUUCAGAAAUGUACAUUCAGAACAGCCUACUAUUCAACGUAUUAAACGACAGCAAUCAGCAAUUGAAGAAUCCAUGACAUCAAGAGUGCAAAGGCAGAAUUCUAGAUGGAAUAAAGUGAGACGUGCUUUCCUGACAAGUUCUACCCAUUGCAUCCCUCCGAGUCCUGUUAAAGACGUUUCCAGACAUGUGUUUUUUCAAAACGGUCAAGAAACAUCAACACCUGACAGUUGCAGUGCUAGUGCAGAAGACCUUGAAAUAGCAGCACUGAACGCACAAUCAGAUACUCGACGAGAUUAUCGAGUUCUUCGACAGAAGCUGGGAACUGAAUUCCAUCGUAAACUCAUAGAAUGGGAACGCUUGAAGAACUUAUCUCCCAGUCCCCACACGAAACGCAGUCGUGAUGUUUCAUCCAAUUUCGUAAAUUCUCGAGAACAUCCUAUUUCAUUUCUAUCCGAGGAAAGUCUGUCUUUCGAAUUUCGAAAGAAGCUUCAAGACUGGAAACGCAUCAAGAAAGAGCGAAGAGGCAGCGCACCUUACGAGCAACAGAGGUUCAAUCGACGUCGCUUGACUGACUGGCAGUUAUGGAAGUCUCCUUUGAAAAUUGAGUGCAGACAUCGAGAAAUCACCAGUCAACAUAACAAUUGCGGGGAAAGUGUUAUUAAUGGCGACAAAUCGCAUUUGCCCGAGAAUUUUUUCCAAAAACUGGACGUACGGAAACGGAUAAACGAAACAACCAACGGCGAUGUGGAGCAUUCAGCGCGACCCAAAUUAAAUCGCCUUGGAAUCGGGUCUGGCAUCGAUGAGAGUGAAUUUUUAACUUUAGAAAAAGCAUUGUCGCUUUUUAACGGCAAUGCUACUAAGAAACGAAGAGAGAAUGAUGCCCAACAACCGAAUAAGUUUUUCGACGGAAACGCAAAAUCAUACGUUGAUCCUGCACGGAAUAUAAACUACACUGAUGAAGUUCUGGUGCAGACAGCCGCUGGCUCUUACAGGUUUGAAGGAAUAUCACAAGAAUUUACGAGGAAACUAUACGAUUGGGAGAAGUUUCGCGGAAUAUCUCCAGGAUCCUCGACCUUUCGUCUUUUGGGGCACGUUUCUGAACCGGUCCUUAGAGAAACGAAUAUCGAAGUUCCGAUGACAUCUGCGACUAAACUUGGAUGCAGCGAUCAAGCAUUUUACAAUAUCCGCAAUUUGCGGAGAUCGAAGUCCGCCGAUAAUCCAAACGUAAGAAGCAGCCUAACCGAGUCAUUUAUACGUCGUUCGAUGAGCUUGCAAUUAUUAAAUCACUUGGAAAAAACGCUAAAAGAUUCCAAUCAUCUCAGCACUUUGUUAAUCUCAAAUGAUCGCCAUGAGAUGGAAGAAAUAACCGAAGACAUUCUGAUGGAUGAUUCCGAACCAGAAGCGAUGAUAGUUGACAUCGAAGAUGUUAUUGAAGAGACUGCGAGUCCCCUGAAGAGAAUGCAACCACAUCAAACGCCUGUGUACUCGGUUGCUACUAGCGAAACAACUAGCAUCGCAGUACCACUUGGAACAGUUACAUCCAGUCAUCAACUGUCCCCGUUGCUCUUGAUUGAAAUAGAGGAAAACUCCAAUCGAAAACGAGAUCACUGUGAUAGUUCUUCGAAAAAGGACAGUUCUAGCUUUCAACAUUUUGACUUGGAAAACGUUCGAACUGACAGAAGACUUUCUUUGCAUGAGAAAGAUGAACAUUUGAAAUGUUCGUCCAAUGAGAGUUUUCAUCACGUCGAUCCAAAUGUACAAAAAGAAACCGUUGAAAGUGAGAAUGUUACGUGUUCGAUCGAUCAAAAUCAAACAAGCGACAUUGUAAAAAAAAUCACAAAAACAGCAGAUAAGGACCAAUUGAACGAUGAGAAGAAAGAAAUUUUAAUCGAAUUCUCUAAUGAAGGGGAUAUUGUUAAAACAGCUACUAGAAAAAUUAGACUUGAUGGGUCGGACAAACGCAAAACUAUUCACGAAAGGAACGGAAAAUAUUCUACUCUUCCAACAAGCAGGAAAGAAUCGACGGAUUUAUCGAGCGAGAAGAGGCACGAAAAAGAAUCUGAUGAUCAGAAGACCGAAGAAGUUGGGGACAGCUGCAACGUAGAGAACGUCACCGACAUUGUUACGGAACACGAUAACAAAUAUGAGAAUGUAGAAUCGGUGGUAGAUCCAUAUUACUGUUCACUCAUAGAUACGCAGCCAUUGACGAACUAUAAAACGUGCAACAAAGAAGCAUCAUUGAAAUCGUCAGGUGUUUAUAAAUCAGAAAAACCUGACUAUGCAAACUUGUACCAUUCGAACCGAGAAAGUGAAAAUGGUUCGCGCAAUCUUAAUAAAGAACACAGUUUAUUAACAAUCAAGUCAGAAUUAGACCGUCAGUCGUUAAAAUCAUGCACUGAGGGUUCGAACCACGAGAAACAAAAUAACUGUAUCAUAGGAGGUGCAAUAUUUAAAGAGUCGAUGGUGACACAGAAACAACGACAAGAGCAUACAUUUGAAAAUAUUUCAACUUUAAAGUUACCUACCAAAAGUUCGGAUAACGAUAAAUAUAAUAUUGAAUCACCAAUACGGACAGUUUCCUCGAAAUCUUCACCGUGUCACGAAAAACCAGCCAAUUCCACAGUGAGCGAUAGCUGCGCAGAAAGCAUGAGAACCUUGCAGCAACUGAUCGAUGAAUCAGCGACAAAUAAUUUGACACGAGAGCGCGAUUGUCAAUCCAGUAAUAACGAAAAUGCAAUUAGACCAGGAACAAAUACGAGAAAACCAUACUCUCCAACUCGUAACGUGUUUACUAAAACGAAACGCAUAAUAUUUUCCCCAUUUCGCCGGGAAGAUUACCGCGCUAAUAGGAAAGAAAGCAAAAGUUUCGAGGAUAAUCAAACGUUGUCCUUGAAAAAUGAAGACAAAUCGAGAUCGGCAUCCCCCAAAAUAAAUCGACGGGACAUACUGGUGAGAACGUCUUUCUCAUUGCCAUGGGCACUUUGUCUAUCUUCGAAAAAAAUCGAAUUAAAAGAAACAAAGACAAAAGAAGCUGACGCUAAAGCGGAAGCAGAUACUGAUCCACAGAGAGAUGAAACAUCAUUAUCGUCCAGUGAAAAUAAUAUCCAGAAACCGCAGACAAAAUGCGACUUACAAUCUUUACCAAAUGUAAACGCAACGAUUGGAUUAGUAAAUAAAGAGAAGAAGACAAUGUCGAGCGAACUGCAUAAUCGAACAUUCAUCGAUGUUACAGCACCUAGAGGAAGAAGACAGGAAGAAGAGAAAGGAAAAGCGAUGGCGCUGCCUUUGGAGUUCAAUCCGAAUUCUGCCGAUCUUAUGCACAAACUGCAGAUUCUGUCUGGCGUUGUAGCUAGAAGGGACGGUCGAAAUAAUGCAAUUCCGGAAGAGCUGUCGGUGGAAUCGCAUUCUCUCAGAACACGUCGCGCGAAGGAAGACUUUUUGUCGCGACGCGGUGGUCCACUUUUCCAUUCCGUAAUGGAACCUCCGACGUUCAAUGGUCACAAUUCUCAGGCCAUAAAUGAUCUGAAUGCAACGGAAAGACAUAAUAAUACAGUGAGAUCGGCGAAAGCCUCGAAUUCGUGCGAUCCGAAUCAGGAAACAACGAAAGUGGACGGAGAUAUGACAGUUGUGGAAGAGGGAUUGAGAAACGCAAAUGUUUCUCUGCCCAUCCGUGAAAAGUCUGCCAGCAUUGGCGUGAUAAACGUAGAUCCUGAUGUUCUUAAGCGACUGAUGGAAUCUGAUCGAGGAUGCGAGUCUCUUCCAAGAACUAAUUCGAAGCAACAACAGUCUGGAGGAUCUCUCACGAAAAUUAUUAACAAGUUUAACUUCGUUCGACUCAUAUGUGGCAAGGAACAGAACAAUCUGAGCACGAUUGCCAGAUUAUGCAGGCAAAGUUUAUUGAUCGAUAUUAAAAAUGACGUUGAACAACAUUGGGAAAUUGACAAUCGAGCCGAUAAAGCUUCAAAAAAGGAAUGAUUAUGAUGUAGGUAUAUAAAGUGGGUAUUCGAAGGUGUGCGUUCUACACGUAAAAGGAUGCAACGAAUCUGUUUUUAUGCAUUAAGUGUCUUAUCUAUUUAGAUGUAGAUUUGUCAAAGGAUUAUUGAUUAAAGAACGUCGGGAUAUGUAAGUAAGUAUCCAUAUGUAUGCAACAGUGGUAAUAAGGAAACUGAAGUAAACAUAAAAUCAAGUGUAUCUGAUUAUUUUACAGAUGUUUCUUUGCAAUUUAUAUGAAACAUAUAUGAUACGAUACAACUGUCACGAUAAAAUUCAUUUUUCGUAACGAUGAAUAAUCAACUAUUUUUUUACAGUGACCGAUUACUUUUGUUUUUAGUAUUGUAUUCUAUUUUCGAAAAUUUGUCCAUCAUUCUUUAACAUAUUACACUUU